GGAAGCUCAGCUUCAGCUGGAGUGACAUCUUGGGUGAGGAAUCCAGCUCCUCAGGCUUGGGUUUAACAGAGCUGAGCUGGCUGCUCGCACAGAACUUGUACUGGGUCUGGGACUGGGCAGGGAGAAACAGCUGGGAAAGGAAAUGAGGAUGAGGGCUUGGGCCAGUGUCCCCUAUGGAAUGUCAAACACUAUUAGGAUGCUGCAGGAAGAGCUUCAUCUGAGUUUAGAUUUGAGCUGGAUUCCUUUUUGCCUGUGGGGGCUGUGAGACCCACGGGGCUUUGGGAGCACAGUGGGUUUGAAGGCACUGGGCAAUGCCAUGGAAUGUCUUGGCUUUUCCAUGUCCUUGAGCUCUGUGGCUCUCGGGGGUUGGGCUGGUGGUCUGGGAAGCCAAGGAGAGUGUGCUGGUGGCUCCCAGAUCCUGAGGUGCAAACUUUCUGUACCUGAGUCUAAAAAAGGUGGUGGGGAAUUGCAGCUGCUCCAUCCUUGAGUCUCCUGUCAGCUUGGAAAGCCUUGAGCACAUUCUGCCUUUUCCCUGUUGAAAGCCGUAUCCCCUUGGAGUGUACCAUGGGGAAUUAAUGGAAUAGGGGCAGCAGGAUGGCCAGGAAGAGUUAUCUCCUAUUUCUGUACAUUGUACUCUUGUUUAGCACAUUCCAGGAAAGGGCAAAGUAGGGAAUUAAACACCAUUUCUCACAACCCCAGUGAGUGAUCUGCUCUGGAAAAGGAUCAGUGCUGACAAAGGAAACACUACUGGAUAUAUUUUAUGAGUUUUCUUCUAGCUAAGCUAUUUUUGAAAAGAAAUAUGUAAUAACUCAGGUGAUAUGACCAAAGUGAGAGUUUUACAUUCCUGCAAGGAAGAUCUGCUCUGGCAAACCUGGUAUGUGUCUGGUAACCCCAGAAAAGGCAAGGUUAGGGCAGGGAGAGGUUAACAGGGGAGUGCUGGGAGCGGAGCUCCUGGAGUGUUUGGCUGAAGGAAGGCAGUUUCCUUUCGAGUGAGAGGGGACAGAAACAAAGCUGGAAAUCUGGAAUCUGUAAUUAUUCUAUGGGUGAAAACAUCAACCAGCUCUGUUGGUGGCUGGAUCCAUGCAGGAAAGCUGGGAAACAAAGGUCUGAAGUGAGCUGAGGGUGUGUCAGAAGGGCUGUGCCAGAGAACGGGUGGGCAGGAUCCCUUAAAUUCUGAGAUUAAACCAAGGAGCAGCACUUUGGUUGGACACAGUUCUGUAGGAACAGCCAUAUCCUUGAAGUGCCUUUGGAUUUCUUUGGCUUUGUGGUUUUAUAAGUACAGGGGAAACGCCCCCUUGGAAAUAUCAGGAAGCUUUGCCAGGCUCCAGUUUGGUUGUGCUAGGCUGGGUGGUGAAGGAACAUCACUGAAUUCCAGGAUGUUGUGGGUUGGAGGGGACCUUAAAGCCCAUCCAGUUCCACCCUCUUCCAUAGGCAGGGACACCUUCCACUAUCUCAGGUUGCUCCAAGACCCAUCCAACCUGGCCUUGAAUUUAUCCAGGUUCCCUCUGCCCAGAAAGCAGAGCCACAUUGGGCAGAGCUCAUCAUCGACUGUGUUGGACACUCACGACAUGGACAGGAGUGGGACAGGAUCAGAGCUUGGAGACGUGUGUUGGAGAGAGGGAUCAGCCAUCCCAGUAGAGGAUAAUGCUGAACCAGGAGUAAAUGAAUCCCUGCAGAGCGUUUUCCAGGGAUGCUGUGGCUUCCUUGACUGCUGGCUUCAAGAAGAGGGUGACUGCCAAACCCAGUGAACAGAGCUUUUGGUGCUGCCUUUGGGUCACCUUCUAUGAAGACAAGAACUUCCUUGGCCGUUACUACGAGUGUGACAGUGACUGCCCCGAUUUCCACACCUACCUGAGCCGCUGCAACUCCAUCCGUGUGGAUGGAGGCACCUGGGUGGCCUACGAGAGGCCCAACUAUGCUGGGAACAUGUACGUGCUGACCCAUGGGGAGUAUCCCGACUACCACCACUGGAUGGGCCUCAACGACCGCCUGGGCUCCUGCAAAUACAUCCAGAUCCCGAGUGGAGGCCGAGGCCACAUCCAGGUGUUCGAGAAGGGAGAUUUUGGCGGGCAGAUGUUCGAAGCCACCGAAGAUUGCCCCUCCAUCAUGGAGGAGUGGCACAUGCGUGAGGUGCACGCCUGCAGGGUGCUGGAGGGCGUCUGGGUGUUCUACGAGCAUCCCAACUACCGGGGCCGGCAGUACGUGCUGCCCAAGGGGGAGUACCGCAAGCCCGUGGAGUGGGGAGCGGCCAGCCCCGCCGUCCAGUCCUUCCGCAGCAUCUCCGAGUGAGCCAGCCCCGUGAGAGGGCUGCACACCCCCCCAAUAAAGCAACUGAGUCGCUCAGC